AUGAAUUCGUUAAAGCUUAUCGUAUUGAUUCAAAGCCUGAGACUGGCGCUUUGUACUAGAGCGGAACCCGCGGAUGAAGAGGACACCAGAGCUCCCGGGAACCUCCGUCAAAGCAGUGGUUUUAUCAAGGAGCUAACGCUGGAUAUUUCACGGGAUGACAACCCCAAGGUCGAAAGGACCAUCACAUACUCGGGUGGGACCAGAACUGAUGACUUUCACAUCCCAGAAAACUUCCCGGUGACACUCAUUUUAGAUGAACACAGAACCGUUUGGGAGGGCACUUUAGAGACUCCAUGCACAUUUGUCAAACUAAUACACAAGAGCGGUGAACAUAAACACCUUACAAUCACCCUUGGACGGGGUCAUCGUGCUGGAAAACACUACUUUGAAAAGGUUGACGGGGAAUGGAGUCAGAUCAGCAAGAAGAAGAAUGGGAGUGAGAACGAUUCAGAGGAUACAUUCACCAUUAACAUUGAUGCUAGAAAUGAUCCCAGAGUCUCCGUUAAGGAGAGCGCUGAGGGUGAGGUCGUGCAUGUAGUCUACCGGGACCUUGAAGGUUCGAGGGUAGCAUUAACUUCCAAGGUUACGUCGGUAAUUUCCGGCCCAUUCACGUUUUGGGUAAAAGGACAAUUUGACACCUUUGAGUUAUGCGAAGAGUACUACAGGAACGACAAACGCCUGGUAGUUGUACGGGUGAAUAGUCUCGGAUUGACCAAAAAACUCUUCUUCCAGAUCACAGGUUAUGGCUGGCAGAGUAUUGAAAAGGACGAAUUUGAGGAGCAACUCAAAAGUAUGAGGAGUAAUGAGGAACAAGAUCGUAUAGAGAAGGAAUUUGCCAAGAUGCUGGACAGGACAAUGCACACCUCCCUCGUCCUCGAUCUCUCCAACACCGACCCAGUCAAGGUCGCCAGAGAUGAGGAGGUUAGGGAAGGUGUAACUGAAGUUUCACUCAGGCCAAUAGUCGGUUGCAUAUUCAGCAAGGUGGUAGAUGGAGGAGUCACUCUCUGGGCAGGUAAAGGGGAUGAACAGUGUGAACUCGUCAAGCUAUACGCCAAGGGUAAGAGGUAUGCCAUCUUCCUGCAGCUCUCCUCCGCUUCCAUGUACUUCCGGAGUGCUGGAGAUGCAUGGGUUAAAGUCCCAGAGAAUGAUUUCGAGGCACUACUAACAACAAUGAGGGCUGAGAAGGAAACUACAUCUACAAGCACUUCUGGGUUUAAUGGUCUAGGUAUUCUACCGGUUUUUGUUCUCUUGUUUUUCUGGAUCUAA